AUUUCAGACCAAUGAUGGUUCGUCUCUACGACAAGAUAAAAACGGUUGAAUGUCAGAUAUCAGUGGUUUCUCAUCCAUCCUUCGUCCCGCUCCGCCGGACUGAACGAGGAUGCCCACAGUCCACACUGGAGGGUCCCGUCAAGCCCUUCGAAUUGAUACAUCAUGCCUAACCACUCAGCAACCCUUGUCUUACGAUGAUCCUUCCUCGGACGCCUCUCCUUCGAAUCUCACCACGUCUGGAUCCACCCCAAGCACUGGCACGUCAGACUGGGCAAUAUGUCACGUUGUGUGCAAUUUUGAUUUCGAGUCUCCCGACCCAGACCAAUUGUCCUUCAGCAAAGAUGAGGUCCUAGCCGUCGUCAAGAAAGAGGAUUCGGGUUGGUGGGCGGCUAUGCGAUUAGAAGGGGAUCGUAUUGGUUGGAUACCAAGCUCGUUCGUCGAACCCCUCCCUGAGUGGAAACUCGACGAAAUGGUCCUUGAACACGAACCUGAUAUCCUCCGAGCAUUUGAUGACGAGCGAGAAAUGGAAGUUUACCCACAUACUAUUGAGGGAGACGAGUUAUGGAUACCGUUCGAGGACUUGAAGGUACCACCCAUGCAAAUUAUAGACCCUACUGAUAUCAUCCCACCAAACGAUCCUUCCCAACUACGAGAGCACAGCAUCGAUUCAUUUGUUUUCAUUGAUUGCAUGCCAUUACCGUUGGAUAUCAUUAGCCCUCCUUUCCCCUUGUCGUCAGUGCCUCAUUCGUCCGUCCUUCAGGGACUGGCCCCUCACGUAACGCGGAAGUUGCCUUUCCGGCGCAUUGCGCUGAAGAGCGUUUCACCACACGCACCUCCCCAGUAGCUACUUAGGUACUUCACAAGUUAUCGUUCUUAGGUUUUGUUGAUCACCAUAGUUCUGUUCUUCGUCCAUAAUAAAUCGCUUCAUAGGUUUGUCUUCAAAGCUAGUUCUA